UUUCACAUCCGCAAGAGAGCGGCAAGGCAAGGCGAAGUGAAGUAGGCAAAGAAGUCUCGCGCGCGAACUCGGUACGCUGCAGGCGAUGACCGCAUUCAUAUGAGUUUUUAUUAAAUUGUGUGUGUGCUGUCGUGUUCUCCGAUCCGUUAAGUGUUUACGAAAAUGCUGUAUAGGUGAACUUUUAGGAUACAAAGUGUUGUGAUAGUGAUAUUAUCCCUUUAACCCUCUUCUAUCUAUAACUGUCUCUUGAAGGUUGUAAAAAUGCCUUGCUCAGCGGUAACUUUGUCCAUAGCGACCAUUACAGCAAUCGUGGCUGCUGCACUAAUGGCUAUAGCAUUUUCGACGGAUAACUGGCUUUAUAUUGAAGUGAAGCGCACAAGCAUACAGAACUACGCCGCGGAGAACUCGGCGGGCAACUCGCAGUCGAUCCUGGAUAGUCUCAACAACAAAUACUACUACUACACGCGGACGCGGGGGCUGUUCCGCAUCUGCUAUCCUAAGGAGAGACCGCCUUCAGUUGAGAUCUACCUAUCGCCUGUGGAGACGCACUGCAGCAAUGUGGACUACUUCAUCCCCGACGAGAACAACGAGACGAAAGGUCUAUCAGACGACGCUAUGAACAGGCUGCACAUGGCGCGUUCAACGGUAGCUCUGUUCAUAGUGGCGUUCCUGUCUCUCUUCAUCGCGUUCUGGACCGGCGUCGUCGGCUGUUGGAAGCGCAGUCCUGGCAAUAUUACUGCCACUGCCAUACUUAUGUUGGUCACAUGCUUACUAGCGGCAGGUGCGAUGGCAUUAUGGCACGGAGUAGAAUUCUACGAAAAGGAGAAGGUCGUUGGAGAGGAAUACUACCAACAAUGGCCUAACAUAUUACGUGAGAAGACCCGCGUAUGGUACGACUGGUCGUACAUGGUCGCUUGGUGCGGCGUGGGCCUGUCACUGAUGUCCGCCAUCUUGUUCUCGUCGGCGGCCAUUUGCUUGCGCGGCGAGCGGGAGCGGGAGGAGGCGCUUAACAUGCAGUACCUCAUGCCCGUGUACCCCCAGAAGCAGCAAUACGCGUAUGCAGGCUACCCGCCUCCUCAAGCGUACCCGGGCCCCUACUACCACGGGUCCCAGUACGGCCCCUACAACUACUGAGCCUGUGACCAGAUGAGGGACCUCGUGGCGGCGCACUUCGCCAACGCCCCCGCCCCGCAGGCACCCGCGCGCAACCCCUCCCCGCCCCACGCCCCCGCCCCCUCCCUGCCCUCCUCCCUCGAGACGUACAA